GCACUUCGAUCGAAAGAGUCGAAAGACACAGCUGAACUAAGGCUGCCUGAGACGAGCCGACGUCAAUGGGGUUUCUCCAGUUCAGUUUACUUCUCUUCACAGUCGCUCUGCUUACGUCCACUGCACUUUCCGAUCUGAUCCUCUCCAAGGUCGAUCGACGUAUUGAUUUGACAUCACAAAUUGUACGCAUUACUUCGACUCUGAAGGUGGAGAAUCCAGAUUCUAACCCGGUUUCGGAGGUUUUGGUGGCCUUUCCUGAACGGCAAGCAAAAAACUUAGCAUAUUUGACGGCAACACUUCAUGGGGGCAAAGGGAAAGCAAAAACCUCUGCUGCUACUCUCCCUGUUGAAGUUGCCAAUCCAGAAGGAAAGCCUCAAGGCUUGAAUUUUUAUUCAGUUUCAUUGCAGAAGGAACUGGUCAAAGGGGAUAGCUUGACUUUGGAUGUGUUGGCUGUAUUUUCCCAAGCAUUGCAACCAUUUCCUGAGAAGAUCACUCAGGCUGAGGUCCAGCUGGGUUUGUUCCAGGAGAGUGCACACUAUCUGUCUCCUUAUGUGGUCAAGGUCCAAUCUCUUAUAGUUAAACUGCCUGAUACUAGGAUUGAAUUCUAUACAAAACUGGAUAACACAAAGAUCCAUGGCUCAGAGAUCAAAUAUGGUCCUUAUGAGAAUCUCCCUCCUUACUCAUACUCCCCUAUAAUGGUUCAUUUUACAUGCAAUCAACCAUUUGCUGUUGCCAAGGAAUUGAUGCGCGAAAUAGAAAUUUCCCAUUGGGGGAAUGUGCAGGUCACAGAGCACUACAACCUCAUCCAUGCAGGUGCUCAAAGCAAGGGUGAAUUUUCCAGGCUUGAUUACCAGGCGAGACUCCAAAUCCAAGGUGCAUCGGCGAUUAAGCAACUUGUUGCGAAAUUGCCACCCAGGGCCCAUUCUGUUUACUACAGGGAUGAAAUUGGAAAUAUAUCAACUUCUCACCUCUGGGGUGAUUUUAAAGAGACUGAAUUAUUAAUUGAGCCUAGGUAUCCCAUGUUCGGUGGUUGGAAAACUGCUUUUACAAUUGGAUAUGGUCUGCCACUUCGGGACUUUUUGUUUGAGUCAGAAGGAAAACGUUUUCUUAAUAUCUCUUUUGGUAGCCCUAUGGUUGAGUUGGUCAUUGAUCAUCUUGUUGUGAAGGUUGUUUUGCCCGAGGGUUCAAGGGAUAUUGCUGUUUCUUCACCAUUUCCAGUAAAACAGUCGGAGGAGGCCAAAUUGUCCCACUUGGAUAUUGUCGGCAGACCAGUGGUUGUGCUGGAAAAGACCAAUGUUGUGCCAGAACAUAAUCAGUAUUUCCAGGUUUACUAUGGUUUCAACACACUUUCAAUGCUUAGGGAGCCAUUGAUGCUUAUUUCUGGAUUUUUCCUUCUAUUUGUUGCUUGCAUCGUCUAUGUGCAUGCUGACAUGUCAAUCUCCAAAUCUUCUGCCUCAUAUGUGGCAAAAUUGCAAUGGGAUGAGGUGCAAGCAGCGGUCCAGCAAGUAGACAGUAUUAUCUAUCGAUGCCUAACACUGCAUGAAAAGCUAGAAUCAUCACUGCGGAAUCUUUCAAGAACGGGUGAUGUCCAAGCUUGUAAAGCUGCUCGUAAAACAGCUGAUGCUUCAUUGAAAGAGCUAUCAAAAGAGUUGAAGCCUUUGAUGGCAUUUUUGCAAUCUUCUCCAGCUGCUUCUCAGCUACUGCCCAAGGUGGAGGAGCUGGUGGCAAAGGAGAGAGAAUUGCAAGAGAGGUUAAUGACAAAACACUCCGCUGUGGUGGAUGGCUACGAGAAGAAGUCUGGAGGACGGGACAUUGAAAACCGAGUUGCUGCCCAGCAGCAGAAAAUUGCAGCCUUGAGGCAAGAGCUUGAGGAUAUUCUCGAGUUCAUCGAUGAAAUAUAAAAGAGAACUUGUAAUAGUGCUAUAUUUUAGACUGUUAGAGCAGCUUCACAACAUCAAAAUUUUGUUGUUAUCUAGGAAACGAUCAAGAUGGGAUAAGUUGCUGGUAGUGCUAGAAUUUAUAUGCAGUGGUGAACCAGAAGUUGAACCAUUUAUAUAAGUUGGCACUUGCUGCACUAUAUUUGUAGCCAAGGUCUUCUUGUAACACGAACUUCACAAUCUUCUUUUUGCAACAAGAACCAGGAUUGGGAUUAUGUUGUU